CAUAAAAUGGGACGUGGAAACCAUGAAAAAGGACACGGAAACCAUGAAAGGGGACGUGGAAACCAUAAAAUGGGACGUGAAAACCAUGAAAGGGGAUGUGAAAACCAUAAAAAAGGACACGGAAACCGUGAAAGGGGACGUGGAAACCAUAAAAUGGGACGUGGAAACCAUGAAAAAGGACACGGAAACCGUGAAAGGGGACGUGGAAACCAUAAAAUGGGACGUGGAAACCAUGAAAAAGGACACAGAAACCAUGAAAGGGGACGUGGAAACCAUAAAAUGGGACGUGGAAACCAUAGAAGGGGAUGUGAAAACCAUAAAAAAGGACACGGAAACCAUGAAAGGGGACAUGGAAACCAUAAAAUGGGACGUGGAAACCAUAAAAGGGGACAGGGAAACCGUAAAAUGGGACAGGGAAACCAUGAAAAAGGACAGGGAAACCAUAAAAGGGGACAGGGAAACCAUAAAAUGGGACAGGGAAACCAUGAAAAAGGACAGGGAAAUCAUAAAAGGGGACGUGGAAACCAUAACAGAGGACAUGGAAAUCAUAAAAGAAGACAAGGAAACCAUAAAAAAGGACACAGAAACCGUAAAAAAGAACCAGUUCUCAGUGACCCCUGGUCAGGGCCUGCCCCCCAUUGCACAGCCUGGGCCACCAUCCAUGGUGGGCACGGUAUCCCAAGGUGAGGAGAGUGGCCCUUCACCAGCCCCGCUAGGGGUCUUGGUCCUCAGUGAGCAGCAGCCAAUCUCCAAAAAAUCCCUGGCCUGGAGCGGGGUCCUCGAGUGGAAGGAGAAGUUCAAACCAGGCACCAACAUCCCGCUGAUGCGGUCACUGCCUUGCCAGGUCUACGUGGAUCAUGGUGAGAACCUGAAAACAGACCUGUGGCCUCAGAAGCUGAUCAUGAACUUGUUCCCCUCGCAGCUGCUGAUCCCACUGGGCCAUUAUAUCCGGAACUCAAGGAGGGUCCAGUUCUCCUUCACCAACCUGGACCUGGAGUCCCACAAAAGCCUCUACCGCAUGAUAGGCAACGGCUGUGGGGGCUUUGUGCACUUUCUCUUCAUGGACCACAGCAAGUUGCGCAUAUAUAUGCUCCUGUUGUCCCGCAAGAAGAAGACCUUCAUGGGCCUCAUUCCCUAUGACCAGAAGGGCUUCCUCAACAGAAUGGGGCAGAUUGUACGGCGGGAGCUCAAGAAAGGUCCUUAGACUUCCACCGUCAAACACAUGCCCAAGAAUGUUCACUGCAGUAUGUAUUCCUAAUUGAGGAGAAUGAGAUGUUCUAGAGAAGACCUGGAGCAGCUUGGUCUGAGAUAACAAAGGACUGCACCGAGGACUUCAAUAACAGAAAUGCAUUCUCUCACC